AUGUCCUCAACGGGAGCUCAAACAAACCCCAACAAGGGCUUCGAGAAAUCCCGCGAACACAAUCAAGGCCGACAAGGGCGCGAUUACAGCCCUGAACAGAAGGCUGCUGUCGAUAAAGUAAGAAGAUGCAAAGCAACAGCAUACUAUGAGAUUCUCGAUAUCAAGAAGGAAGCGACGGAAGCGGAGAUAAAGAAAGCAUACAGGAAGCUGGCUUUAGUAAUGCAUCCUGACAAGAAUGGAGCUCCUGGCGCGGAUGAAGCCUUCAAACUUGUCUCCCGUGCUUUCCAAGUUCUUUCCGACAAUGAUAAACGCGCCGCUUACGAUCGCCAUGGCGGCGACCCGGACAGUCGUGGCGGCGGCGGCGGCUCCGGUGGUGUUCCCCGUGGUUUCGGUGGUGGUUCACCCUUUGGUUUUGCACAGCCGGCCCGUGGUGGUGCGGGGUUCGAGGGUGAAAUCUCACCUGAAGACCUCUUCAAUAUGUUUUUUGGUGGGAUGGGACCUGGAGCAGCAAUGUUCGGAGAAGGUGCGGCUGGUGGAUUUACUACCUUUGGAGGGCCAGGCAUCCGAAUCCAUCAUAUGGGGCGGCAACCACGAAGGCGACCCGCGCAGGAUGCUGGGGGGCAGGAAGAGGCAACAGCCCCGGCGGGCCUGGGGAAAAUACUCAUACAAUUACUACCUCUCAUAAUUUUCUUUAUACUCCCGCUCAUCGGUUCACUAUUCAGCGGCGAUAGCGGAGAGAGUCUCCGUGGGCCCUCUUUCAGAACUGAGCGGAUACAUCCAUUCACACUGCAACGGGAAACACCACAUUAUAAGAUCCCAUACUGGGUAAAUCCUGCCGAAGUUAAGGAUCUUAGAGCGGGCGAACUUGCAAAACUGGCUAAACGUGCCGAGAACCGAAUUGUGAAUGAUCUAAACUACAAUUGUCAAAGAGAGCAGGAGAUUCAGAUGAAUGAGAGGAAUGCCGCUAUGGGUUGGAUCUUUGUCGACAAUGAGAGAAUGGCUAGAGCAAAUUCUAUGCAUUUACCGCAUUGUCAGAAGAUGAAGGAAAUGGGUAUCAGGAGAUAUUAG